UCUAAAUAGAGCUAAAAUUAGAUUCAGAGUUGUCAUAUAAGCACAGAAUCCACACGUCCCCACCCGUGAAGCUGCUGCACAAAGGAAAAAGUGGAAAUAGCCUUAGCACUGUCGCAAUUGCCCACAGCUUUAAUGGAGAAGGAAGCUUGUAAUUCAUAGCAAUUACUAGAACAAUUCUUUUUAAGCUAGAUUCCAUGGUCCGACAUUCUCGAUCUAUAAUGAAGAAUAGAAGAUACUGAUGCAAAAAUUCCAGUAUUGGUAACUCCAGAUCCUUUUAUACUGCAUGGUUAAUUCGAGCAAAAUUUUGCAAUCAAUGGUGUGGGGAAUCAAAAUCUAGGGUUUCUAUUUCUUUCAUCCCCUUACUUGGGCCCCCUUCAUCUUGGGGAAAGGGCCCGUUGUUUUCAUACAAAGGGAGCAACAUAGUGAGACGAAAUGAAGGAGCUGUUAGGGAGUCCAGGUACGGUAAGUGGAUUAGUGCUUAGAACAGGACAAUGUGCAUUUGCUGCUGCUUCUAUUGGGGUUAUGGCGUCUGCUAUUGGGUUCUCUAGCUAUACUGCUUUCUGCUAUUUAAUUGCAUCAAUGGGACUUCAACUGCUAUGGAGUUUUGGACUUGCAUGUCUUGAUAUUUAUGCUUUGAGGAGAAAACGAGACCUUCAAAAUCCUAUCUUAGUGACUUUCGUCGUUGGUGAUUGGGUAACGGCUCUGUUAUCACUUGCAGCAGCGUGCUCAUCAGCAGGUGUUAUUGUUUUAUACGCUAGAGAUUUGAACUUUUGUAGGUCACAACAUCUUCCAUGCAGCAGGUUUGAGAUAUCUAUAGUUUUGGCUUUUGUCGCAUGGGUUCUGAUUGCUGUAUCCUCUCAUGUGAUGUUCUGGAUCUUGGCUUCAGUUUAAUCAGUGUGCGAUCCCUGUUCAACAGACAUAUACACACUUCACACUGACUUUUAUUUUGACAUGUAAAUUGCUUCUUUUCCUCUGCCUUUCUUCAUCUUCACUACAUGUUUUUUUGACGUUGCAAUUUUCCGAAUUUCACUGGCUUGAGUUGUGACAAAUUUUGCACAUUAAA